UUUCCACAGUCUGAAGAAAGAACAGACAACGAACGAUUUUCGUGUCAAUCUUUAAAACAGAGCAAGGCGUUGCGUUUAUUCGAACAAAUAUGAGCAGCACAGCAUGGUGGACUUCAAGGGACAUGGCACAGUGGCGGUGCUGGCUUGCCCCCAGAACCGUAAACCCAUCUUCACACAGGGCUUGAAGUGUAGGUCUGUUGUGGAGGGGGACCCUGCGUUCUUCCACUGCAAGCUGGUGGCAUGCCCAGCACCACACAUGGCCUGGUUUCACAACAACCGGCCUGUCCUCCAGGACUGCCGCAAGGUGAUUCGCACCGAGAGCACGGAGCACACGCACUGUGCCAGCCUGGAGCUGCAGGAUGUGCGGGAGUACGACGCUGGCAGCUACAGGGUAUUCGCCAUUAACAGUGAGGGCUCAGCUGAGUCCACUGCCUCGCUGCUGGUGGCACGCAGAGGGGAGCAGCGGGGCUUGGGUCUCGCCGGAAAAGCAGAGUGGGUGCGGCAGAGCUGGGAGUGCCUGCUGCAGCAGCGGCGGGAGGACCGGCUGCGGGUGGUGCUCCGCUGCACUGGCUCUCCCUUUGACAAGGGGCAGGUGGCUGAGCUUGGGGACCUCUCACCAGCCCGGGGCAUGGUACGAACCAUCUGUUUCCAGAGCCUGCCACUGGCGGGGCCUCACCGCCCAGGGCUGGCACAGAGUAGGGAGCACAGGCGCACAGUGCCUGAUGCUGAGGAGCUCCUGGAUGAGGAGAUCCGUUGGAAGCUGCAGAAGCUGAGGGAAGCAAAGAGGGCAGCACUGAAAAAGAAGCAGGAAUCCCUCAUGUUCAUGCCCCAGGAGGGCCCUCCUGGGAAGCCCAGCCCACCUAAGGUGGCUGCCACAAUGGUUGGCUCGAAGCCCCUCAGAGUGCAGGUAGUGAAGCAAUACUCCACACCCAAGGCCAUGGGGGAGAGAUGGCAGGUGCAAGGUGGGCUCCUGGAGCCCUGCCCACCCCUCUUUGUACAGGAGGUCAAGCCCCAGGAAACUGUCGAGGGACAAAGAUGCACUUUCUCCUGCCUCUUCCAUGGCCGCCCACAGCCCACCGUCACUUGGUACAACAAUGACAAGCCCGUGGGGCGCAUCCAGGGCACUGCUGUUCACACCACGGAGUGCUGCUCCACACUGACCUUCCCAUCUGUGCUCCCACAGCAUGGUGGCACUGUCACCUGUGUGAUCUUCAACCCACUGGGCACAGUCAGCACCUCAGCUGCACUUCAUGUGAGACAGCGAAUGCCAGCCUAUAAGUACACAAUGAAGGAAAAGGAGGGGAUGAAAGUGAAGGAGAAGAAAGAGAAGGUGAAGGAAGAAGAAAGGGAGAAAGAGAAGAAGAAAGAGGAGAAAGUGAGGAAGAAGGAGGAAGAAGAAGCUGGUCUGGCCCUUGCAGCAGAGAAUGGACUGCCAAGUGCAGUUCCAGACUUAGACUUGCUGUCAUUGCCUGUGGAAAUCAAAAUCACUGCCCCCACUCCAACGCCAGAGCAAGACACAGAGAUGAGGGAGACCCCACGACUCUCUCCAGAGCAGGCUGCUUUCACCAUAAAGCACAAAUUUAAGUUUUCAUUUGAUAUGGGAAAUGAACCACCCCAAAUUGUGACAGAAGCCCCAGCACAUAUUCACUGCUGUGAAGGAGAGGAAGUGGUGGUGGAGUGUGCUGUGUCUGGGCAGCCCCCACCAGCUGUGACCUGGUCCUUGAAUGGCCAGAGCCUCUCUGCCAGUGAGAGGCUGAGGUUUGAAGAAGACAAGAAUGGCAUAUACCGCUUACACCUUCAAGAGGUCUCUGUCACGGAUGCUGGGCGAUACUGCUGUGUGGCCACAAACGUGGCUGGAACAGCACAGACUGCCUCUGAGCUGACAGUGCAGCCCAGCGCACCCAAGCUGUAUAGCAAGGAUGGAGGCACUGAGGAACUGCCUACCAUGGACCAUGUCCUGCACCUCCAAGGCCCCAGCAUACUCGGGAAGGAUGAAGAGGAACAAACCGCAUGCCCCAAGGAGGAGCAAGCCCACCUACCAUGGUCCCUGAGGUUGUCUCCACCUUCUGGUGAGCAACUGGAAGAGUGCGAGGAAACUCCUCACUUCAGGGAAAGUGAAAUGGAGGAAACAAUGAUGCUGGAUACCACAGAAGUUUAUGCAAGGCAAGAAGUGGGCAAUACAGAAGAAAGGGUGAGUUAUACAGAUGGUAUUUCUGAGAUGAGGCAGUACAAGGGAAAAGCUGACUCUGAGGAACAUAGGUUUGGAAUUGAUACCACUGAAUUGCACCCUACCAUAUCCAGGGAAGGAUGUGAACUGGUGGCCAAAGACUCAGGUCACUUUUCUGAGGAGCUGGAGCCUGAAGGAGGCAAGGUGCUACCACAUACCGAUACCCUGUCUUGGGACAUCUUGAAGUCACCAUUUAUGGAAGUGGAAGGGCAAACACAUGCCCCUGAGCAGUCUGCUCUGGCAGGGGAGUGUAAGGAUUCAUCAUUCAUGAAAGUGCAAGAGCAAACACAUGCCUUUGAGCAGUCUGCUCUGGCAAGAGAGGGUAAGGAUUUGUCAUUUACGGAAGUGCAAGGGCAAACACAUGCCCCUGAGCAGUCUGCUCUGGCAGGGGAGUGUAAGGACUCAUCAUUCAUGAAAGUGCGAGAGCAAACACAUGCCUUUGAGCAGUCUGCUCUGGCAAUAGAGGGUAAGGAUUUGUCAUUUACGGAAGUGCAAGGGCAAACACAUGCCCCUGAGCAGUCUGCUCUGGCAGGGGAGUGUAAGGACUCAUCAUUUAUGGAAGUGCAAGAGCAAACACAUGCCUUUGAGCAGUCUGCUCUGGCAAUAGAGGGUAAGGAUUUGUCAUUUACGGAAGUGCAAGGGCAAACACAUGUCCCUGAACAGUCUGCUCUGGCAGGGGAGUGUAAGGAUUCACAAUUUUUAAUUCCUAUAUCACCUGUGGUGCAAGAGGGAAGUGAUGUCUGCACAGAGUGUGAUGCCCCUGCCUGGGAGGCAAUGACUCCUGAUGUGCCUCUUGUGGAAGAGUAUGUGCCCCACCUGCAGGACCACAUUGCAAGCAGCCCCACAAAGGAGGAGUUUGGCUUUUAUGAAUUCUAUGCAGGAGAGCAGCAGGAAGAACAGGACAAGGAGCAAGAGAGAUCAGUUGAUAUUGAACAGGAGAUUAAAGCUGAUGAUAAUCUUUGUAAAGAAGAACUGAUUGAUGAUGGUGAUGCCACACACUGGGAAAUGAACAGAGACAGGCAAAUGCUGCAAGAAAUGAAGUCUGAUGCAUGCAGCCCUUCCUUGGAUUUAAUCCCCACUCCUCCUGGCAUAGAAAACUCAGGUCAAGGUUUUACUGAGGAAGCUGAAGUUCAUCUGGAGGAAGUGCAUUUCAGAGAGAAGCUGUUGCCAUCUGAGACUGAGACUGAGAUCACAUUUGAUCUGAAGAAGUUUGUGGAGCCUUUCCCGGCUGCAGAGACUGUGUAUACAGAACAGGCAAAACCCACCACAUCACUGGAAAGUGUGCAGGUAAGAGUCACUGGGCUCAACUCCCCUGUGCACCAGCAUGGUGUGCCUGAGGAAGAGGUGUCUCUGAGUGAGGAGCUGCAUCAGAGCUACAGGAUGCAGCAGGAGGAGGUUGAUGCCCAGGAAGAGGAACAGCCAAGAGAAGUCACAACAGCUGAUUUGCAAACGCCUAAUGGGGAUCUUGGCAGCAUCAUGAUAUCUGCUGAAGAAGAACACUCUGCAGAAGAAAUGCAGGAGUCAGAGGUGAGUGUCUGUGGAGAGGACUUAAUUCAGGAAAAAAUGAAUGAAUUUCUAGUGGAACCCCCAGCAGGUUUCCAAAGAGGAGUUCAGGAAACACAUGUGUGGGAGAGUGGGGAACGACUGGAGACCACAGACUCCCAGAGUGACAGCUUCAUUAUGGACUUGAAAAAAGCUGCACAUGAAAAGAAACUCCAAGCUGGGCAUCAGGCUGAGGGAGGUGGUGGUUCUGAGAUAGAAAAGGUCUUUGAGCCAGGAAUGAGCAGCUUCACCUGUGAGAUAGAAAGCACAGAUUCCCCUGAGGAGAAGCUCAGAGACAUUCAACAGGAACCAAACACAACCAAGGGUUUCUCUUUUGGGAAACUCAUACUUGGGUUAGUAAUCGAUGAUCCUGUGGCACAGGAGGAGCAAAGGAGGGAGUCUUGGGACAAGAAGAGGACUCCCACUGAGGAAGCCUCUGAGAACAGUCUGGAUGUAGAAGAAAUGUGGGAGGAUACUUCUGCAGCUCCAGAGUCCAGUGCUGUUCAAAUCUCAGAGCUGGAGCCUGAUUUGUCUCUGGCCAAUUAUUUAAGAUCCACUGGGAUAUAUGAAACUCCAAAUCUCAGAGGCACAGUUCAGAAGGAGCAGCAAGAAACUAUCACUUCACUGGAAGUGGAGGAGGUUACCUUCAGCAUGGUUUAUGAUUAUUACAACAACCAUCAGGAACUUGCCCGGCCCUUCUCUCCAGAGUCAGAAAUGUCUAUAGAGCUGGAGAGUGGAAGCAGAGAGGAGUCACCUGAUUCGGACCGCUUCUACACACCUCCCUCCUCUGUGGAAAUCUUUGAAACUGCUUCAUCAGCAUCCUACCACACGCCACUCAGCACACCUGAGCACUACUCCACACCGUCUGAGGGCUCAGGGUACAACACGCCACCUGAGCGCUACUCCACACCGUCUGAGGGCUCAGGGUACAACACACCACCUGAGCGUUACUCCACGCCGUCUGAGGGCUCAGGGUACAACACGCCGCCUGAGCACUACUCCACGCCAUCCGAGGGCUCAGUGUACAGCAUGGCCCCUGAGCACUACUCCACACCCUCCGAGAGUUCAAAAUGCAGCGCAUUGUCAGAGCAAUAUUUCACACCCUUUGAGGGACCCUGCUCUGCAUCAGGGGACAGCACGCCACCAGAACGCUACCGGACGCCCACUGGGGAGUAUAUGGAUGCCUUGACCAUGCUCCCGCUCUGUGAGAGGAGGCAUCAGCCUUCGGACCAGCCCCAGGCAAACGGGUUUGUGAUGCCCUGUGAAGCCCUGGAGCCAUCAGGCAGGGACAUGCCACCUGCAUUCCUCAAGGCAUUGAGCAGGAGGAGGUUGUAUGAAGGCAGCACGCUGACGUUCGUGGCUGAGGUGGUGGGUGUGCCCAAGCCAGGAGUGAAGUGGUAUCAUAAUAAGUCUCUGUUGGAGCCAGGUGAGAGAGUGCGAACAGAGAAGGAUGGGGACAUAUAUGUUCUGGAAAUCACUAAUGUCCAGAAAUCUGAUGAAGGACAGUAUCUGUGCCAUGCAGUGAACAUUGUUGGGGAAGCUAAAAGUAUUGCAGAGGUGGAAGUUUUGCCUGAAGAUGGACGGUCACUGGCACUGCCACCCCCUGUCACCCACCAGCAUGUUAUACACUUUGACAUGGAGCAAAACACAUCUUCAAGGUCCCCUUCACCACAGGAAAUCCUCCUGGAAGUGGAGCUGGAUGAAAAUGAAGUGAAAGAGUUUGAGAAGCAGGUCAAAAUCAUAACCAGUCCUGAGUUUAGCCCAGACAAGAAGAGCAUGGUGGUUUCCCUAGAUGUACUUCCACUUGCCUUGUUAGAACAAGCUGCAGGCUUGGCAGCAGGGGAGAAUGAGGAUGUAAAAAUUGAUUUCCAAGUAACUGAAAUGCCUCCACGCUUUGCCGUGCCCAUUACAGAUAUCAAGGUGACAGAAGGCUUGGAUGCAGUUUUUGAGUGUGUUGUAACAGGUACUCCUGUCCCAGCAGUUCAGUGGUUCAAAGGUGACACCCGUGUGACACCUGGCACAGGGAAGUAUGUUGUGAGUCAGGAGGAGGGACUUCACAGUUUGAAGGUCCAAACUGUAGGACCUUCUGAUAGUGGCUGGUAUCACUGUCAGGCAAUGAAUAGGCUGGGAGAAGCAAUGUGCAAAGGCUCCCUUGUGGUCAUGGCUCAGCAGGAAGCAAAUGCAGCAAGCAGUGAGAUAGCCACAGGCUGUGAACCACACAAGUCCCAGAAGUGUGACUUGCUUUUGAGUAAGACUGUAAGCCCGGGUGACCAGUCAGAAAUAGAGCUGGAAUUUGAGUUUGAACCACACAGAGAUGACUCAGAAAAAGCGAUCCGACUGCUUGCAGUGACUCAACAAGAGCAGGAAGUGGAAGGGGAGAAGUGUGUCAACAUUAGUUUUGAUGUGUUUGCAGAGCCAUCUGAAGAGGAAGGGGUUGAGUUUAGGGCAGAGGACUCAGAGAGCUGCAGCUUUGAGUUCCAGGUCACAGAAGCUCCUCCCAGAUUUGUGAGGCUGAUUUCUGACUACAGUACAUUUGUAGGUGCCUCAGCAUGCUUCCAGUGUCUUGUGACUGGUUCCCCCCGUCCAAAUGUCUGCUGGUACAAGGAUGGGGUGUUGUUGGAAGGGGAUAGGUACUGUGCACAGGAAGAGCAGAACGGCUUGCACAGUCUUACUAUUGAAAACCUGAUGCAAAGUGACAGUGGGCAGUACAAAUGUAUAGCUACAAACAGGGCAGGAACUGCUGAGACUUGCGCUGUGUUAACAUUAUACUAAAUUUCCAUAAUUUAUUUCAGAGUCUGUCUUGAAAUACUAAGUGGUUUUAUGAUGUUGUUCACUGCAGGUAAAAAUGCAGCACUCAUUUUAGGGGCAUUGUUUUCAUCUCUGUAAGGAUGAAAACCACUCUGUGGGCAUAUUUGUGUUUCACUUAGAUUUGCCUUCUUUGGGGAAUUUAAGUGAGAUUUAAUCCAUGCAUAGAUUUGUGCACACUUUCUGCACUGAAGGAUGUUUCAGGCUCCUUCUACGCUCCUUACUCAUUCUUGUAAAGAUAUUUUAAUUGACACUCAUUUGCGUAGGACUAAUUUUUUUGUAUAAUGUACAUAUACCUGUGUGUCUGUAACAGUGCAAUCACUAUUGUUUUAUGUAGGCUAGAAAUCACCUGAAAAUGUAGACACCACCUUUUUCUUGUAACCUAGAGGUAUGGAACACUAACUUAUGCUUGCUCUUUAGUCUGGGUAUAGUUCUGUUAAAGAACUCCUUAAAUUGGUAUUCCCCCUUCUCACAAUGUGUCAGAACACGAUUCAAAUCCUGUUUACGGUUUCUAUCACUGCAAAAUUCUUACAUCUAUGGGCCUCAUUCUACUGACUCAUGGAAUUAAAUGCCUUUUUUAAGUCAAUGAAAUUAUGCUGUUGUAAAGAAAUGCAGACUAAUGGGAAGAAAAAUGAAAAUUUUGCAUUAGUAGAGACCGGACAGGAUUUUCUUCUCUAUUACCAAGUAAUAAACAUGAAAGCAUAUUUUGUACUGUAUUUUUAGGAGCUAAAGGGAAAGGAGAGAGGGAGCAUAAUAAUAACAAAUCAAUUAUGUUACUGUAAAUUCAUUAAAAUAAUUUUGGUUGUCCCUGUA